AUGUUUGUGAAGAAUGUGCUAAACGUACUUAGGAGGGUUCAUACAAAGCCAUUUAAAGGGCGCCAUUACAUUAACACUAGUACAAUACAUUUUAAGAUAGUGAAAUGCAAAUUAUAUGAUAUAGGGGAAGGAAUUUCUGAAGUUGAAAUUACAAAGUGGAAUAAGAAUGAAGGGGAUCAUGUAAGUGAAAUGGAAAGUUUAUUGACUGUACAAAGUGAUAAAGCUGCUGUUGAUAUAACUAGUAAAUAUAAUGGUGUAUUGGUAAAAAAAUAUUUAAAUGAAAAUGAUAUGUUGAAAGUUGGAUCGUAUUUUUGUGAGAUAGAUACAGAUGAUGAUAUUAUUGAAACAAAUGAAGAAGGAGUAGAAAAAGAAGAAAAUAAUAAAAGAGAAGAACAUGAUGAAAGUUCUUUAAGUUUAAAUGAUGAUAGUAAUACUAAUGAUAAUAUUAAAGCAUCUCCAGGUGUUAAAAGAAAAGCAAAAGAAUAUAAAGUAAAUUUAAAUAAUGUUGGUGAUUAUUUUAAUAAAGUGAAUAUAACCUUAGAAGAUUUGGAAUUAUAUUAUAAUAAUGUUGUUAAAAAUGAAUAUUAUGAUAAUAAAGAUAUGGAUGUUAUUGAUGAAGUAUCAUUAAAAGGUAUAAAAUUAGCUAUGUGUAAAAGUAUGAAUGAAUCUUUACAAAUACCAUUAUUUCAUUUAAAUGAAAUGUGUAUCAUAAAUAAUUUAAUAAAAAUGAGAAAAGAAUAUAAAGAAGAACAAAAAAAUAUACUAACAAAAGAAACUAAUAUAACUAUUACAUGUAUACUUAUAAAAUUAAUAUCUAAUGUUUUAAAAGAAUUCCCAAUUUUAAAUUCCAAAUUUAAUUUUAAAACUAAUACUUAUACUAUGUAUAAAAAUCAUAAUAUCUCUAUAGCUGUUGAUACUCCUCAUGGAUUAUUAGUACCAAAUAUUAAAAAUGUUCAGAAUAAAAAUAUUUUAGAUAUUCAAAAAGAUUUAUUAUUAUUACGUGAUAAAGCAAAUAACAUGCAACUUAGUAAAAAUGAUAUUACUAAUGGUACAAUAACUAUUAGUAAUUUUGGAGCCAUAUCAGGAACAUUUGCUACUCCUAUAGUAUUUGAUAAUCAAGCAUGUAUAAUAGGUAUAGGCAAAAUGGAAAAAAAAUUGCUUUUAAAAGAUCAAGCGAGUGACUUAAAUUCUUUAAAUGAUAUAUUAGUUGCUGAUACUAUUAACUUUACUUUUGGAGCUGACCACAGGUAUAUAGAUGGAGCAACCUUAGCUCAGUUUUCUAAAAUGUUAAAAAGGAAUAUUGAAAAUUGUGAUUCCCUAGGACCACUAUUGGAAUAA